UGGUGUGUGUCUACAUCAACACAAGAAAAUUAAUGUCGUCUAAAUAAUCCAUUUAGCUGCAAUUAAUGGAAUAAGCACAGACUACUGAUUAUGUACAAGGACUGAAUCUAUAUUUGGCGUCGGCAUUAGGAAAUUAAUCGAGAUGUGGAUAUUUGGAUAUGGGUCGCUUGUGUGGAAAGUGGACUUUCCUUACAAACAGAAAGUCCAUGGAUACAUCGAAGGCUUCGUUAGGAGAUUCUGGCAGUCAAGUGAAGAUCACAGAGGAGUUCCUGGAAAGCCUGGUAGAGUCGUGACGUUAGCUCGAUCAGAUACACCCGGGGAUUGCGUGUGGGGCGUCGCGUACGAGAUCGACGACGACGACGUCGCCGCCGUCAAGUCCUACCUCGACCACCGCGAGAAGGACGGCUACGCGACGACCCCCGUCACCUUCCACCCGCGCGGCGACGACAGCGACCGCAACGGCCACGACAACGACGACAGCCGCGGCGACCGUGACCGCGACCGCAACGGCAACAGCGACCGCGACGACGCACGGCCGUUCGAACUGCUCGUCUACCUCGGCGGCGAGACGAACCCGUUCUACGCGGGGCCGGCCGAGGCGGCGGCGAUCGCGCGGCAGAUUGCUGCAUCGGCGGGGCCGAGCGGCGACAACGCUGAGUACCUGUUCCGCCUCGCGGAGGCGAUGCGUGCCGUCAUGCCGGCCGGCGAGCACGAGAAACACGACCCGCACCUGUUCGAGCUGGAGAGGCUCGUGAGGGACCUGCGCGGGGGUCGGGAGGUGAAGCAACCAGCAUAGGAGAGGCUCGUGAGGGACCUGCGCGGGGGUCGGGAGGUGAAGCAA